AUGAAGGAGAAGGGCAGCGAUACGGGGGAGCUCGAGGAUCUAUGGGAGAACUUAAAGCUGACGGAGGAAGAGUGUUCGGAGAUCGAUUUGGGAGAAAUGGAUGCGAAGAUACGAGUGGAAGGCAGUAGAAGUUUGAUUGGGAAGGUGUGGGUUGAUCGGCAGAUUGGGAAGGAUAUCGUGGAGAAGACAAUGGCAAGAGUGUGGAGGCUGAGCAAACCUGCGAUUUUCAAAGACCUUGGAAGCAACUCAUUUGUAAUCUCCUUCGCGACACAUGUAGAUAAGGAGAGGGUUAUGGAUGGCCGGCUGUGGCUAUUCGAUAACCAGUUAUUCACCCUCAAGCUGUUUGAUGGAAUGUCUAAGCCGCAAGAGGUGAAUUUCGAAUCAGAGGUUUUCUGGAUCCAGAUGCUAAACCUUCCGUUAGGAAUAAUGAAUGAAGACUGUGGAAGGAAAAUAGGAAGCUCGGUGGGGAGGGUAGUGGAUGUUGAUGUCCCGGAGGAUGGAAUUGGAUGGGGAAGAUCACUCAGGGUUCGGAUUGAGGUGCCUCUUCGGCAAGCUGUAGCUCGUGGACGUACUGUCAAUGUGGAAGGCAACAAGGUAUGGGUUAAAUUUAAGUAUGAGAAGUUGCCUCGUUUAUGCUUUGAUUGUGGUUGGUUGAUCCAUGAUUCGAAAGGAUGUAGGAUGAAGUGUGUUGAGAAGGAGGAGAAGUCUCAAUUUGGGGCUUGGUUACGGGCUGAGAGGAUGGGGAAGGAGAAAGCCUGCGGUGCAGGGGGAGUGGAGUGA